ACAUGCAUACAAAAAUGGCGUUGAACAUAACCUCGGUUAAGACAUCAUCGGAUGGAGUGUGGCAAGGAGAUAAUCCUUUUCACUAUGCAUUUCCGUUGUUGAUAAUCCAAACUACAUUAAUUAUCUUUAUCAGUAGAUUGCUCGCCUUCUUCCUCAAACCUCUCCGACAACCUAAAGUAAUUGCAGAGAUACUUGGUGGAAUUCUUCUAGGGCCAUCGGCUUUAGGCAAGAACCAUGAAUUUAUGCUAUGGGUUUUCCCCUCAUGGAGCACUCCGAUCCUCGACACAGUAGCAAGUAUCGGUCUUUUGUUCUUCCUCUUUCUUGUAGGCCUCGAACUCGAUCUCACUUCCAUUCGCCGGAGUGGAAAGAAAGCGUUAGUAAUCGCCACAGCCGGAAUCUUAUUACCCUUCUUGUUCGGAAUCGGAAUCACAUUCCUACUUCGGAAAGCCAUUUCCGGAGCUGAUAGAGUCGGAUACACCCAAUGCUUUUUGUUUAUGGGAGUUUCCCUCUCCAUCACUGCUUUCCCGGUGCUUGCUCGGAUACUAGCCGAGCUCAAAUUGUUGACAACUCCGGUAGGCGAGACUGCCAUGGCGGCGGCGGCAUUUAACGAUAUUGCCGCCUGGGUUCUAUUGGCUCUCGCAGUGGCACUCGCUAGCGGGAGCCACCAGAACCCCGUUGUCGUCACUCUGGGUGUUGAUAUCCGGUGCCGGAUUUGUUAUCUUCAUGGUUGUUGUAAUCCGUCCAACUAUGAACCGGGUGGCUAGCCGGUGUUCUAACCAUGGUAAAGUUGAAGAAGGGUACAUAUGUUUGACCCUAGCAGGGGUUAUGUUAUCGGGAUUUAUGACGGAUUUUAUCGGGAUUCAUUCGAUAUUUGGUGCGUUUGUUUUUGGAUUAAUGAUUCCCAAGAACGGGGAAUUUUCCGGGAGGUUGAUUAGGAGGAUUGAAGAUUUUGUUUGUGGGCUUUUGUUACCAUUGUACUUUGCUUCAAGUGGACUGAAAACCGAUGUGAAUAAGAUAGAAGGUGUGAAGGCGUGGGGGUUGCUAGCGGUGGUGAUUACCACCGCUUGCACUGGAAAGAUUCUUGGGACGUUUUUGAUGGGAAUGGCAUGCAUGAUUCCGAUGAGGGAGUCAUUCGCUUUGGGGUUAUUGAUGAAUACAAAAGGUUUGGUUGAACUUAUUGUUCUCAACAUUGGCAAGGAGAAGAAGGUACUCAAUGACGAAAUGUUUGCAAUCCUAGUAAUGAUGGCACUUGUUACAACAUUCAUGACAACACCACUAGUGAUGGCAGCAUACAAACCGGCCCGUAACAUCACCGCCACAGUCCACCACCGGUCACUUAGCGAAUCAUCAUCUCACCAUUCACAAACCCUACAAUUCGACCUUCGGGUCAUCGCCUGUGUCCAUGGCCCACAAAUCUCACCCUCAAUGACCAAUCUAAUCAAUUUAAUCCAAUCCCCCAACACCUACUCAACUCUAAAGCUCUAUAUCCUACAUCUAAUUGAACUGACCGAAAUGUCCUCGUCAAUAGCCAUGGUGCAUCGGGUCCGUAAAAACGGUGUCCCAUGCUUCACGGGUAAUAAAGGAUCUGAAGUUGGGUCAAAGUCAAAUAAAGUCAAGGUGCGAAAGUCAACUGCCAUCUCAGCGUUGGCAACGAUGCAUGAGGAUAUAUGCCAUGUGGCGGAGAGGAAGAAGGCUACGAUCGUCAUUUUACCCAUACAUAGACCAUGUCAGGAAGGAGAGACGGGACACUGUUGGGAAGUUGUUAACAGGAGUGUUCUUAUGCAUGCGCCGUGCACGGUGGCGUUGAUGGUGGAUCGUGGUGGCUUUGGGGUUGACUGUGACCGGAAAAGGAUUUGUGUUGUGUUUGUGGGCGGUCCGGAUGAUCGAGAAGCGGUUGAGUUGGGCGGCAGGCUGGCUGCACAACCUGAUACUAAGGUGUCCAUAAUUAGGUUCCUAAUGAAAGGCAAGGAUAAUAGACAUCCCGAUGAUGUAGAUAUCGAGAAGGAACUGGAUGAGAGGUUGUUAGAAGAGUUCAGAAGGCGGUGGGAUGGGGAAGCCAAAUAUGUUGAGAAGUCAACUCACAACAUGAUGGAGGAGCUACUUGCAAUAGGGAAGAAUGAAGAGUUUGGGCUUGUGAUUGUAGGCAGAGGGAGGUUUCCGGCGACGAUGGUUGCCGGAAUCCUUGAACAGGAAGCUGAAAGGUCACUGGAAUUGGGAGUUAUAGGGAACUUGCUAGCAUUUUCCGGUGGUCAGGAAAUUGCAUCUUCUGUUCUAGUGGUCCAGAAACAUGAUCAAGCUAAAGAAGACCAAGAGAGAACCAUGUUUGACCAACAUUUGGUCUAA